CGAGGUCGGCUGCCCCCCUUGAUGUCCACUACCUGAAGCAGCCGUGACCACACUGCUUCCACAAGGCAGCAGCUAGCUAGCUAGCUAUAGCCGUGCGUGCUGCGCUGCCUGCUGGUGAGACACAGCGCUCCUUCGAGAGAGGCCAUGGCGAGGCGUCGCCAUGCCUGCUGUCUCCUCCUCCCCCUGCUGCUGCUGACACAGGUCGUUCUUCUUCAUCUCGCUGCCGGGAGCUUGGUUGAUGACCUUCCUGCCGCAGCUCAUCGCUCGCCGAGGUUGGUAGCGCCACAGAGAAAGCUGCAGCAGCUCCCGAACCCGAACCCACGGCCGCAACCAUUGCCACAGCCGCAACCACUCCCACAGCCACAGCCACAGCCGCAACCACUCCCACAGCCGCAGCCACUGCCACAGCCACAGCCACUGCCUCAACCUGACCCGAAACCGCAGCCACUUCCACUGCCAGGCCCAAAGCCCCAACCCUUGCCGCAGCCUGACCCGAACGCGCCACCGCUACCUCUGCCGCAGCCUGACCCGAACGCGCCGCCGCUGCCUCUGCCGCAGCCGCAGCCCGACCCGAACGCGCCGCCCCUGCCUCUCCCACAGCCCGACCCGAACGCGCCGCCGCUGCCUCUGCCGCAGCCUGACCCGAACGCGCCGCCGCAGCCGUUGCCGCAGCCCGACCCGAACAACCCGCAGCCUCUGCCGCAGCCCGACCCGAACGCGCCGCCGCAGCCUCUGCCGGACCCGAACACGCCGCCGCCUGGGCAGCAGAUCAACGCAAAGAUAGGGGCGACGCCGGUUUCUGUUGGUGGAGCCAGCGCCACUCUACGUUCAUAUGGUGUAAUAUACAAUCUCGUGCCAUUGUUGUUCGGCAUGUUCUUCUACAUGAUUUGAGAGCACGUACGGUGAGUCCUUGUUCUUGUACAUAUGCGUGCUGAGUUACCAUUUGUAGAUUUUGGUGUACAUACACAUUGAUUGCCAUAUUGAUAGGCUGCUUGUGUUUUGUUCUUUUAUUUUGUAUAUGAGAGGGAGGUUUGCUAUGUAGUGUGCUGGCUUGUACCAUGAUAUUUUUGUGUAUGUUAAUACACAGAUAUUUACCUUUGUGCACACAUUUGGUGCUUGUGGUGUGAA